CCGGAGAUGGACGACUACAUGGAGACACUGAAGGACGAGGAGGAUGCCUUGUGGGAGAACGUUGAGUGCAACCGACACAUGCUGAGUCGCUAUAUCAACCCAGCCAAGCUCACGCCCUACCUGCGCCAGUGCAAGGUCAUCGACGAGCAGGACGAGGAUGAAGUCCUUAGUGCACCCAUGCUGCCAUCCAAGAUCAACCGGGCAGGCCGGCUGUUGGACAUUCUUCACACCAAGGGCCAGAGGGGCUACGUGGUCUUCUUGGAGAGCCUGGAAUUUUACUACCCAGAACUGUACAAACUGGUGACUGGGAAGGAACCCACCCGGCGGUUCUCCACCAUUGUGGUGGAGGAGGGCCACGAGGGCCUCACGCACUUCCUGAUGAACGAGGUCAUCAAGCUGCAGCAGCAGAUGAAGGUCAAGGACCUGCAACGCUGCGAGCUGCUGGCCAAGUCGCGGCAGCUGGAGGACGAGAAGAAGCAGCUGACGCUGACCCGCGUGGAGCUGCUGACCUACCAGGAGCGCUACUACAAGAUGAAGGAGGAGCGGGACGGCUACAACGACGAGCUGGUCAAGGUCAAGGACGACAACUACAACCUGGCUAUGCGCUACGCCCAGCUCAGCGAGGAGAAGAACAUGGCGGUGAUGAGGAGUCGCGACCUCCAGCUCGAGAUCGACCAGCUGAAGCACCGGCUGAACAAGAUGGAGGAAGAGUGUAAGCUGGAGCGGAACCAGUCCCUGAAGCUGAAGAAUGACAUCGAGAGCCGGCCCAAGAGGGAGCAGGUGCUGGAGCUGGAGCGGGAGAACGGGAUGCUGCAGACCAAGAUCCAGGAGCUGCAGUCGGUCAUCCAGGCCGGGAAGCGCAGCCUGCCAGACUCGGACAAAGCCAUCCUGGACAUCCUGGAACAUGACCGCAAGGAGGCGCUGGAGGACCGGCAGGAGCUGGUGAACAAGAUCUACAACCUGCAGGAGGAGGCGCGCCAGGCCGAGGAGCUCCGGGACAAGUACCUGGAGGAGAAGGAGGACCUGGAGCUGAAGUGCUCCACGCUGGGGAAGGACUGCGAGAUGUACCGGCACCGCAUGAACACCGUCAUGCUGCAGCUGGAGGAGGUGGAGCGCGAGCGGGACCAGGCCUUUCACUCCCGGGACGAGGCGCAGACUCAGUACUCACAGUGCCUCAUCGAGAAGGACAAGUACCGGAAACAGAUCCGCGAGCUGGAGGAGAAGAACGACGAAAUGCGCAUUGAGAUGGUUCGGCGCGAGGCCUGCAUCGCCAACCUGGAGAGCAAGCUGCGGCGCCUCUCCAAGGACAGCAGCCUGGACCAGAGCCUGCCCCGGAACCUGCCGGUGACCACCAUCUCGCAGGCCUUCGGGGACGCCAGCCCCAGGACCAACGGCCAGGAAGCGGACGACUCGUCGACCUCCGAGGAGUCCCCUGAAGACAGCAAGUACUUCCUGCCCUACCACCCGCCCAGGCGCAGGAUGAACCUGAAGGGCAUCCAGCUGCAGAGAGCCAAGUCCCCCAUCAGCCUGAAGCGCGCAUCAGAUCUUCAAGGCCGUGGCCGAGAGGAAGACGACCCCGACGCCAGCCCGGGCUCCUCCAGCUCUCUGCCCACCAACAGCACGUUCGCCAAGAUGUCCCCCCAUCGGAACCGCAGCAGCAUCAUGUCAAUCACAGCCGAGCCCCCUGGGAACGACUCCAUCGUCAGACGCUACAAGGAAGACGCGCCCCAUCGCAGCACGGUUGAAGAGGACAAUGACAGUGGUGGGUUCGAUGCCUUGGAUCUCGAUGAUGACAGCCAUGAACGCUACUCCUUCGGGCCGCCCUCCAUCCACUCCUCCUCCUCCUCCCACCAGUCCGAAGGCCUGGACGCCUACGACCUGGAGCAGGUCAACCUCAUGUUCAGGAAGUUCUCUCUCGAAAGGCCCUUCCGCCCAUCAGUCACGUCCGGGGGUCACGUGCGGGGCCCGGGGCCAGCAGUGCAGCACACCACGCUGUGCGGGGACGGCCUCACCACCCAGCUCACUCUGGUGGGCGGCAACGUGCGAGGCAGCUUCGUCCACUCCGUCAAGCCGGGCUCCCUGGCCGAGAAGGCCGGCCUCCGGGAGGGCCACCAGCUGCUGCUGCUGGAGGGCUGCAUCAGAGGCGAGCGGCAGAGCGUGCCCCUGGACACAUGCACCAAGGAGGAGGCCCGCUGGGCCAUCCAGCGCUGCAGCGGCCCCGUCACCCUGCACUACAAGGUCAACUUCGAAGGGUACCGGAGGCUGCUGAAGGACAUUGAGGAAGGCCUCAUCACGUCGGGGGACUCCUUCUACAUCCGCCUGAACCUCAACAUCUCCAGCCAGCUGGACGCCUGCUCCAUGUCCCUCAAGUGUGAUGAUGUUGUACAUGUCCGGGACACCAUGUACCAGGACAGGCACGAGUGGCUGUGUGCGCGGGUCGAUCCCUUCACGGACCACGACCUGGACAUGGGCACCAUACCCAGUUACAGCCGAGCCCAGCAACUCCUCCUGGUCAAGCUGCAGCGGUUGAUGCACAGGGGCAGCCGGGAGGAGGCAGAUGGCGCCCACCACACCCUGAGGGCCCUGCGGAACACCCUGCAGCCCGAGGAGCCCCUCUCUGCGAGCGACCCCCGGGUCAGCCCCCGGCUCUCACGAGCAAGCUUCCUCUUUGGCCAGCUGCUCCAGUUUGUCAGCAGGUCCGAGAACAAGUACAAACGCAUGAACAGCAAUGAGAGAGUCCGCAUCAUCGCAGGCGGCCAGCUGGGGAGCCUGGGCCGGGCAUCGCUGGACAUCACCAAGCUCUUGAGCGAGAAGCAGGAAGAGCCAGAGCCUGAGAGUGAGCUGAGCAGGAACCUCAGCCUAGUGCCCUACAGCCUGGUGCGCGCCUUCCCCUGCACACGCCGCCGCCCCGUGCUUUUCUCCCCGUCCAUGCUGGCCAAGACACUGGUGCAGAAGCUGCUCAACUCAGGGGGUGCCAUGGAGUUCACCAUGUGCAAGCCAGACGUGCUCACAAGAGAGGAGUUCCUCAAGAAGCAGAAGACUGAGACCAUCAUCUACUGGCGGGAGAAGAACCCCAACACUUUUGAGUGCAUCCUUCCCGCCAACAUUGAGGCUGUGGCUGCCAAGAACAAGCACUGUCUGCUGGAGGCCGGGAUCGGCUGCACAAGAGACCUCAUCAGGGCCAAGAUCUACCCCAUUGUGCUCUUCAUCCGCGUGUCCGAGAAGAACAUGAAAAGGUUCAGGAAGCUGCUGCCCCGGCCAGAAACGGAGGAGGACUUCCUGCGUGUGUGCCGGCUGAAGGAGAAGGAGCUGGAGGCACUGCCCUGCCUGUACGCCACGGUGGAGGCCGACACGUGGGGCGGCGUGGAGGAGCUGCUUCGUGUCAUCAAGGACAAGAUCGGCGAGGAGCAGCGCAAGACCGUCUGGGUGGACGAGGACCAGCUGUGA